UAAACCACCCAAAACACCCAAAAACACCUUAAACCACCCAAAAACACCCCAAAAACACCCUAAACCACCCAAAAACACCUUAAACCACCCAAAAACUCAGCAAAAUGAACCCAAGAGAGACCCAGGAUGUGCCAUUUAACCUGACGUCCUUCUGCGGAAGUCUCAAUUCCUUCACUCCCUGGGACUCUGCGGACCUGAAUUUCGGGCUGUGCUUUCAGAAGGCCCUGAUCGCCGUCCCUGCUUACUCCCUGCUGGCUGUCGUCUCUGCAUACUACACAGGGAGGCAGUCGGAAUGGGUGGUUCGGAGAAGAUGGCAGGUGGCGGUGAUCAGCGGCAGAAUGUGGGCAGGAGGCGUUAUGGCCCUCCUGGCACUGCUGCAGCCUGUCCUGGUGGUGUGUGUGGGGCAUGGGGGUGUGUUCUGGGUGGAUGCCCUGCUUGGAGGUGUUCAGAUAAUAACCUGGCUGGUACAUCUUAGCUACCUCGCGUCACUCAAGACUCGCCUCAGCCUCGGAACAAGAGGACCUGCUGCUGUGGUCCUUGCAUGGUUGCCUACCUUUCUAGUGACUGCCAACCUUGCCCGCACUGCUUGGUACUGCCCCGCCGACACCCCCACCAUGCCCCCACAGGCUCUCAAUGUCUGGAGGGGUGUCGCACUCUCUAGUUUGGUGGUUCAAGUGGGGUACCUCCUGACGCUCUUCCCACAAGGCAGUGUUGGGGUGUCACAGUACCAGGAGCUGCACAGAGAGGCUACAGAGACCACGCCACUCAUGGAAACAUCUUAUCAUGACUACAGCGGGUUCCAUGAGGCAGCUGACCCCUACCAUUUGGGCGUGGCAGAGGAACAGGUCAACUUUCUAUCUCGUUUGACCUUACAUUGGGUCAACCCCCUCAUGAGGAAGGGGUCACGGGGCCUAUUGACCUCUGCCGAUGACCUCCACGACCUUCCACUGACCUUGCGCACUGACCUUCUGGCUCAUAAGGUACAGUGGAACAUCUUAACUGCACAACCACUGCACCCCACAGCCACCACAUCCACCACCACAGCGACCACCACCACCACAUCCUUCCUCUGGGUCCUUCACAGAGUGCUAGGGCCCCAGUUCUACGCCUUAGGGAUCCUACGACUGGCUGGGGAUAUUUUAGGAUUUGCAGGACCCUUGUUACUUCACGAAUUGGUCCUUUUCGUGGAGAAGAAGGAGGAGGAUGUGCUCUGGGGCUGGGUAUACGCUGGGGGGCUGUGUGGGGCUGCUCUUGUAGCCACGUUCUGUUCAAUUCACUUCAAUUUUCUGCUAGCCAAGAUAAACAUCAAACUGCGCGCUGCUGUGGUCACUGCUGUGUAUAGGAAGGUGCUCCAGGUGAACACAGCCUCCCUAGGGUCGUUUACCACAGGGGAGGUUGUCAAUCUGAUGAGCACCGACGCAGAGAGGAUUGUAAACUUCAGCCAGUCGUUUCAUGCCCUUUGGAGCCUUCCCCUGCAGGUGGCGGUGACCCUGUAUCUCCUCUACCUGCAAAUUGGUGAGGCGUUCCUGGCUGGUGUAGCAGUAAUGGUGCUCAUGGUGCCUAUCAACAAGUGGCUGGCUACCAAGAUUGGACAGCUAAGUGUGGAGAUGAUGGGGUACAAGGACCGUCGCGUGGGGUUAAUGGCUGAACUCCUGGCUAUGAUCCGGAUGGUGAAGCUCAAUGCAUGGGAGACCACAUUCAAGAGGAGGGUUAAUGACGAGCGUUUUGGUGAAGUCAAAGCCCUGGCCGGACGCAAGUAUCUGGACGCUGCCUGUGUGUACUUCUGGGCAGCCACUCCUGUACUUAUCCCAAUCGCUGCAUUCACGACUUACAUUCUGCUUGGUAACAGUCUUGAUGCAGCCAGAGUGUUUACAGCAGUGGCUCUCUUCAACAUGCUUAUAAUGCCUCUAAAUGCAUUUCCUUGGGUUCUAAAUGGGAUCGUGGAGGCUUGGGUGUCCCUCCAGCGUGUGCAGAGACUAAUGCAGUUGCCAGACAUCAGUUUUCUUGACUAUUACGCACGAGUGAGUGAAAUGGAGCAAAAAGACUCUGAGAUACAAAUUGUCGUAACCGGCGCUUCGUUUUCCUGGCGUGACUGGAGGCAAGAGGAGGAAGAGGAGGACCUAUCCAGCAGCCUCUCACUAAGGAGGAACUGGGAGGAAGAGGAAGAGGAAGAGGAGGAGAGGAGUGUGUCUAGCGUCGAGAGAAGGAGCGUUUUUGACAAGGCGGAUUUGUUUACCUUGAAAAAUCUUGACUUCAAUGUUUUAAAGGGCCAGGUUGUGGCUGUGGUGGGCCGUGUUGGGGCCGGCAAGACCUCCCUACUGAAUGCUGUGGUGGCGGAGAUGCGAAAGUCGGAGGGUGCUGUGGCUGUGGCUGGCCUGGAAACUGGCUUUGGAAUGGCAACACAGCAGCCUUGGAUUCAAAACACUUCAAUUAAGGACAACAUUCUAUUUGGAAGCAGUUUGGAUGUGUCGCGGUACAGAGCUGUGGUGUCAGCCUGUGCCCUGGAUGAGGACCUGCUGGCCCUCCCAUACCGCGACAACACCCUCUGCGGCGAGAACGGUGCGUCACUCAGCGGGGGACAGAAGGCGCGGGUAGCUCUGGCACGUGCUGUCUAUCAGAACAAGCAGACCUACCUCCUGGACGACAUCUCCUCGGUGGAUCCUCCUGUCGCCCGCCACAUAAUGCGCCACUGUGUUCAUGGUUUGCUGUCUGGCCGCACUGUUCUCCUGGCCUCCCCACCCCUUCCCAUCCUCUCCCGUGCUGACUGGGUCCUUAGGGUUGCCCAGGGAAGGGUGGUGCAGCAAGGGCCACCAGCGGAGGUUCUACGGGGGGACCUGAACCCUGAGGACCUUGGUGGGGACUGGUGGGGGGACGUGGGGAGGUGGGAGGACCUGGGGGUGUUGGGGCUACUAGUAAACGCCCCAGUGCCAAUACCAGAGGGGAGGGAGCGAGGGGAGCUGUCCUGGGGUGUCCUGGCGACCUACCUAUUAGCAGUUGGCGUCCCCCUGGUCACCCUAAUACUGCUCUCCAUCACCCUAAUGCAAACGUCUCGCAAUCUGGCCGACUUGUGGCUCGCGUACUGGGUGUCGCAGGAAUCGCAGAAGAAUAACACAGGGUCACAGCUCUUCCUCCUGGACCCCUGCCCCUGGCUGAGCCGGGACCCACCCCACCCACUCAGCUCAGCGGGAGGGGCCACUGCCAGCCCCUCCCACUGGCUGGACCCAACUUCCACACCCUUCCAUCAGUUCCUAGCGACAAGUGAAUUGAUUGCUCCAAACGGCACCAACCAGGGACCAGGAAACACACAGGCAGAGAUGGCAAACCCUAACAAGUUUUACCUCCUGGUUUAUGGGGUUCUGGCUGCCUCAAACACUCUUCUGACUCUUAUGAGGGCAUUUCUCUUCGCCUACGGGGGUGUGACAGCCGCACGCACCCUACACAAGAGGUUACUGGAUGCGGUUUUGUAUGCCAAGAUAGCUUUCCACGACAACAAUCCACUGGGCCGCAUCUUAAACAGGUUCUCCAGUGACCUUUACUCCUUGGAUGACACACUGCCCUUUCAGACUAAUAUACUGCUGGCACAGGUGUUCGGAUUGGCAGGUGCCAUCAUCGUCACCAUCUACGGCAUGCCCUGGAUCACCCUAAUGCACAUCCCGCUGGCGUUUGUUUACUAUAGUGUCCAGCGUUACUACAGACACACCUCAAGAGACCUCAAGAGGAUUUACGCCGUCUCUCUCUCGCCUCUCUACGAACACUUUACUGAGACUUUGCAGGGUUUAAGUGUGAUUCGAGCCAUGCGAGCUGGUUACAGAUUCAUCCAGCGUUGUGACAGCCUGCUAGAGGUGAGUCAACGAGCACAGUUUGACCAGCAGGUGGCAGCUCAGUGGCUGAAUUUGAGACUGCAGUUAAUAGGUCUCACUAUGCUGGCCAGUGUGUCUGCCCUGGCCCUACUGCAGCACCACUUCGAUGCUGUACACCCUGGGUUUAGUGGGCUGGUGAUCUCCUAUGCCCUAGUAGUGACUGGAUACUUGAAUUCUGUUGUGACUUCAUUGAUGGAGACAGAAAUGGAGAUGGUCAGCAUUGAGCGAAUUCAUGGGUACUUGGAGGGGGCGGAGGGGGAGCGCCGGGAGGGGUCUGUGUCCCCCUUCGGCUGGAUUACCCACGGUUCCCUGAGGUUCUCCAAUGUUUAUUUGAGAUACCAAGACCACAACCCCUAUGCGCUGCGGAGAGUGAGUUUCGAGGUGGGGGCGGCUGAGAAAGUUGGCAUCGUGGGUCGGACGGGUGCUGGAAAGUCGUCAAUCUUCGUGGCUCUCUUCCGACUGGUGGAGCUGUGCAAGGGAGCUGUCUAUGUGGAUGAAGUGGAUGUGGCAAAGCUGUCACUGAAGAAAUUGAGGUCGAGCCUCGCUAUAGUGACCCAGGACCCAUUUCUCUUCACUGGCACCAUCCGGGAAAACCUUGACCCGUGUGGAGAGUCGGUGGACAGUCAGGUGUGGCAGGCGGUGGAGGCGUGUCAUCUCCUCCCCCUGGUGCACUCCCUGGGGGGCCUGGAGGGGGUGCUAAGGGAGGCUGGCAAGGGGAUGUCGGCUGGAGAACGCCAACUGUUUUGUCUGGCCAGAGCAUUGCUGUGUAGGACCAAGAUCGUGUGCAUAGACGAGGGGACGUCAAAACUGGACCCAGAGACCGACGAGCAUAUCCAGCAAGUGAUUCGCAGUGUGUUCCGAAACAAGACUGUGUUGAUCAUUGCCCAUCGCAUGCAGACUGUGCGAGAUUGUGACAGAGUGGUGGUUCUGAGUGAAGGGGAGGUGGUGGAGAGUGGGCGCCCUUGGGAACUCCUCACCGAUAAGGAAUCCCACUUCCACGCUAUCUUUCAGCCUCAGUGAGAGAGAGAGAGAGAGAGAGAGAGAGAGAGAUGAGAGAGAGAGAGAGA